UCUCCAGCCUGGUACGAUUACGACCUGGUCUCCUACCAGAAGAAUCGUCUCGAUACCGACCUGGAAGUGACGCUGCAGGAGGAAACCAAGAAGAAAAAGAAGGGUCUCAAGGCUCAGCAUCUGAAGCCGAAGGAGAAGAAGGAAAGCGAGACCGAAUGGCAGAAGACUGUCAAGAAGAAGAAGAACGAAGAGUACUAUAACAAACUGGCCCAGGUCGAGAACGAACAGUUGGUCAAGGAGCAACGACUCCGCGAAGAAAAGCACCAGUUCGCGAUCCCUGGGGACAAAGUGGUCGGCCAGUCGCUCGCCAAGGGAAUGGCAUCCGCCUAUGAGGAAACUCUAGAUGAAACUAAGGAAACCGAAUCCCUUGAAACGACGACCGUUCCACGCAAGAAGCUCAUCCCGGAACCACUGGAGACCUCCGUCCAGGGCAAGGAAGUGCACGUUUCCCAGCAGAAACAGACCCAGAAGGAGGUCUACGACGACAAAGAGAUCAUCCGUAAGAUUACGGCCACGGAAACAACCGAAGUUGAACACAAGGGUACGACUCAGGAGCGUAUUGUAGAGGGACCGGUCAAACCGGCUACCCCACCGGUGUUCACCAAGAAGAUUCAACCGUGCCGUGUGUUUGAGAACGAGCAAGCUCGCUUCGAGGUUGAAUUCGACGGAGAUCCAAUGCCCGCUGUCAAGUGGUUCCGCGAGAACUUCCAGAUCCACAACUCAUCGGACUUCCAGAUCCAUACCUUCGGAACCAAGUCCGUGCUGAUAAUGCGUCAGGUGUUCAUGGAGGAUUCAGCCGUGUUUGCCGUGAUCGCCGAGAACCGUGGUGGAACCGCCAAGUGCAGUGCCAACCUGGUUGUUGAGCAGCGUCGGCAGCAGGGUCGUGGAGGUGUUACCCCGCCCAGCUUUGUCAACACGAUUUCGGACACUAGUGUCACCGCCGGUCAGCUCGCCCGCUUUGAUGCCAAGAUCUCCGGAACAAAACCGCUUGAUGUGUACUGGUUGAAGAACGGACAGAAGAUUUCACCCAACAUCAAAUACAAGGUUCUGGAGGAGGACAACACCUACACGUUGUUGAUCAUUGAAGCGUACGCUGAGGACGCUGGAAAGUACGAAUGUGUUGCCAUUAACAGUGCCGGAGAGGCUCGCUGUGACGCCUCGUGCAAUGUGGAGACUCCCCACACGCCGAUUAUCGAAAAACCAGCGACUCCUGGAACCGAGCGUCCACCGAAUCUAGUGGAACCGCUGAAGGACAAAACCGUCCCAGAAGGUCAAUCCGUUGAGUUCCGCACGCGGGUGACCGGCAAGCCAAGCCCAACCGCUCAGUGGUACAAGGGCGACAAGCAAAUCAAACCAUCCAAGUACUUCCAGAUGACCAAGGACCGGGACUACUUCACGCUGAUCAUUACGGAAGCGUUCCCGGAAGAUGAGGGCGAAUACCUGUGCAUAGUGUCCAAUGCGGGCGGUGAGGUACAUACGACGGCCAGCCUGAAGGUGGUAACGCCCGGCAUGCAGGAUACGGCCCCGAAGCUGACCGAAAUGAAGGAUUGCAUCGUGGAGGAGGGAGCCCCGGCGCAGUUCAAAACGCAGAUCGUCGGCAAAUCAACGACCAAGAUGACCGUUCAGUGGCUGCGCGAGGGUCUGCUGAUUCCGGAGUCGCCCGAUUUUCAGAUGAUCACCGAGGGCUCCAACGCCGUGCUGCUGAUCGGAACCACCUACGAGGAGGACUCGGGCCUGUUCACCUGCCGGGUAACGACCUCGGCCGGCCAGGUCGAAACCUCUGCCAAACUGAUAGUCAAAAGUAAGAAUGCCCAGUAAAUAACACCACACAAUCCGUAACCAACCACCAAUCGCUCUCUUGGAAGCUCUCUGUCUGUCUAUCUAUGAGUUGUUGGUUUUUUGUUUCCUCUUAUUGCUCGUGUAUUACUUUUGUUUGUGACCACAAACGAAACAAUAUCACCCAUUGUUCGGUUUUUGGUAGUUGUUUUAGAAAUGGUUUUUAGUUUGAUGUAGUAACUGACAGGCAAAGCAAAACAAAACCAAAAACAAACAAAAAGCUAACACCCACAUCAAGUCGUGGCGCGAAGCUGAAUCAUGCGUGUGAUUGGUAUAGAAUAACAGAACAUGUCAAAUGGAAUGGAUGAAAACAUACAACAGUAGGAAAAGAACAUGAACAUGAUUUCAAACUAGAAACAGCAGAUUUCUCGAAACAACGAAAGUAGAUAGAAGAAAUAGUUUUAGAUAAGUUUGUUCCCCGCGGCAUCAGCUUUAAUAGUCUAAAUUGUGUAAAAGCAAGCGCGUUCUCAAAAUGAAAAGAAUAUUCAAAAAUUGCCAAGAGUGUUGUUUGCCUUAACAAUCCAAAAACAAAAUUGAGCAAGUAGAGUUGUAGUUAGUGCAAAACCUUGUCUUCCACUUGCUAUUUCAUUCGAACAAACACGCGGUUCAUACCGAGCAAGGAUUUUAUCUCCGUGUUUAUUUUCCAACAACUGUCACAUAUCUGUUGUAUGUUUACAAAUAUCGUUUCUGGUAAUCAAAACCCUAAUCCAAAGUAGUAUGUAAGAUUGCCAAGCUACCAGCGUGAGUGCAUAUAGAUAUGGAAAGAAUACAUCAUCGUAACAGGCCACUUUCUUACUAGUCGUCAAAUACCUUUGAGCACCAAUGGUUUUAUGAGGAAGGAGAAAGCAAACUAUUUAUUUAUUGCGCCCCCUAUUUAUUAAACUACUUUAACUAUUCAUACAAUGAAUUUUAUACAAGUAUAUUAUAUUUUAGCUUAUUUAACACAAACUUUAUAGCAGUUUACAGAAAACGAACAAAAAAUGCUAGUGAUAAAUCCCUGCAGCUUAAGAAAUAAAUUUGCAAGCAAUUUUUUACCAAAAUAAAACCAAAUCUGAUUUUUACAUACUUUGAGCAUUACUAAAAGCAAAGUGGCAACCAUUGAUCAAAUUCGAUCCUCCAACCAUCGAAGCAAAAUGCAAAACGAAAAAAAAAAUAAACGAAAACGUCACAAACGUCAGACCACGAAUUGGCUUGUCUUCGACUGCUUUCCCGUCGUGCGAAAGCGGUUCUCCCGAACGACGGUCCCAAAACUUAUUUUUUUAGCAAUUCAUGACACAAACAAAAGGUACAACAGCAGAUACAGCUCUCCACCCGGGCAGUGUGCGACACGAACAUUGGCACACCCCUCGUCGGUAGGGCUUCGAAGCGACGAAUUUUGGAUUUUAUGAAAUUUUUGUUAUUUAAAUGUUGCUUUCGAGUGGUGACGGAACGGGGACAAAUUCUAAGAUUUUCUUUGACUCUUGAUUUGUCAUUCUGACAAGAUUGUACAACAAUGCAUUUCUUAAAACAUUUCCCUCUGUGCUCUUUUGGCUCCCCGUAGACCGAAAUCGCAUCAAUGUUUGCCUCUUUGUGACACGCGUUCGCCGAACCUGUUCUCAUUCGAGCAGUUCUUUUCCGAUAGUCUCACCAGCCAGAGCGUCGUCGUCUGAACCGACGAAACCUGUCAUAACAUGCGCCGAAAUUGUUUGAAUGCACCCGCCUACUCUGAUGGUGGUCGCUAUAAAUGCGACCAAAGGUGUGGCGUGCAAAAUUCGCUGAAAUUCGAGCAGUUCGUUUUUAUUUUACCGCUUUUCGCAAGUCACAUCAGUACCGUGUGCAAAAGCCGCAAGGUGGAUCGCACAUUGCGGUGUGUGGAAAAUAUUCCAAACAUGAGUCACGGUCGCACUCCGGUGGAAACCGAUCGUAAUCGAACGUGUGAAAAACGGAGGGGUCCGGACACCCACCCGCCGUUGCCCGAUUUCCCGUUACAUCUAUGCGCAUCCGCGUUGCUACCAGCAUAAUGUUUUCCACAUUUUCAGGCUAGGCGGUCUAGCAAGGAACCUAUUUUUAGUGCUCGCCUACCUCGAUUUUCGCGCGUGAAGCGUGUUUUCAUAUUCAUCUUCUAGUGUCUACUCCCUCGGUAAAAUAACGAUUUUUCACCGUUUUUUUUUGGCUGGUCGCAUCUUCGAGGGGACUUUCUCCCUUUCCACGGGAAUGGACUAGUUUUCGAGUUUCCUCAUUUCGAAAAUGAGCUGUAAAUUGUGGCGAUCAUUGACAGGUUACAACAACUUUCCAUUUCGAGAGUUUUAGCACUUCCCAUCUAGGGGAGAGACACUACGUGACGUUUCGGAUAACAAAAACCGACAGCCUUUUCACAGAAUUGUGCAUUUAUUUAUUUUCAUUUUCUUUUUUCAUGCGAAUCGCAAAAACAAUCUUCACUUUGAAAAUGGUGGUUUAUUUUAAUGAGGCGGUUACUUACCCCUCAGCUCACAUGUCCAACCCCUCGGCUACAAGCCUCUCGAACCGAAACGGCUGGUGACGGAAAAGUGCUGCUUUAUGAGAGCGAAAAAUGAAAACGGGAAAAAAUAUACCCAAUGGAUGUAGGAAAGUAGGAACAGAGGCAGCCAGGAAAUUGGCGCUUGAGGCAAGGAUGAAGAUUUUGUAACUUAAGAGAGAAAACCCCCGUAAUGAAACACAGAAUGGCGGUAAUAAAGUUUCUGAAAAUAGCAUAAAAA